UUGCAACCUGUGCCUUUGCGCCACCUGGCGGUAGUUUCGCGAAUUACUUUAUUACCUCAGUAAAUACAGUAAAUGUUAUAAAAUAUAUUGAAACACUUACUUGUCGAGAGUGACAUCCUCCCCGUCCAAAAACAGAUCCUCCGGUAUGGAGUCAACGGAUGAAACGUCGUUCUCUUCGUCUCUAAUUUCUUCUUCCGACUCAUCACUGUCACGCCGAGUGCAUUGCUCCACAACUUCAUCAAGUGAAAGCUUUGUUUUCAUCAUUCUCUUCGCCAAACUCUCUCCAAGCUCAAAAACUCUCUGUGAACUGUCCACUAUAUCAGUGUCCUUGGUCCACGCCCCUGGGCACAUGACGCACGAGUUACUGUCAUAAAUUGCACACGGAGCUAUGUGUUGAUAGGUUGAUCCCCCCCGCUAAAAUUGCAUAUUAAUCUUCUCAGAAUUUCAUUGGCUAUCAGAAACGACAGUCAUUCCAAACUCUGAUGCAAUAGGCUCGAUCUAUUGUCCAUCAAAGAGAAGCUGCCCAGUCCAUUGAAGGUGAAGCUUAUUGGCUAUAACUGGCCAUAAACACCUCAUAGAAGCAGCUAUUGGCUCAAGAGAGGUGUCUAUCAAAAGGGCAGAGUUCAGCGGCCAUUUUAAGACCAUUGUUUUUAUGAUCUGUGCUGGCAAACACAAGUUACACGUGAGAAAGCGCAGAUGUAUUGAUUGCACUAUCGGCUAAUCUGAAAUGAUACUACUUCAGGCUGUGGAUGUUUAUCAACAUAUACAUGUGCUAUGGACUAAAUAUUUCACUGAAUUGGAUAGUCUGGACCAUUUCCAGUGUAACUAAACCGUUUUUUUUUUUUGAAUGUAAUGGAUUUUUGGAGCAACAAAGGGCAUUAUAGGUGAGUUUCCUCAGUUUUGUUAUUGUUUUUUCGGUUGUUGCUGGUCUGACAAAGACACUGAUUGUACCUGCUGUGUUAAUUGUUUUUUAAAAUAUCAUUCAUUAUCAUUUUUGUAUCAUUCGAAUCGCAAGAAUCUCAGCUUUCCAAAGAUAUAUAACACGUUUCACUUUUUUUUUUCUUUUUUUUUUUUGGUGUUUCACAAAGUUAACCAUCAAAGCACUGCGUGUCCCGCGGGUGGUACACUGGAAUUGUAUCAGCUGUGAGUCAGUGAAGGACGAUGACGUCUGUUAAAGAGCUGCUCGUGGACUCACUGAAGGAGCUGGUAGAAGCUGAACUGAAGGAGUUUCAUUGGCACUUAAUGAAUGCAUAUCAUAAGUGUAUAUCAAAGUCUGAAAUGGAAAAGGCAGAUAUAUUCGACACAGUGGGAAAUUUGGUGGCAUGUUUUGGACCAGAAGGAGCUGUGAAGAUCAUGGUGGACAUCCUGAGAAAGAUGAAGCAGAAUGAUCUGGCUGAUCAGCUGGAGAAUGAACACAAGCAAGCUCAGGCUGAAGGCAAUAUGAAGACAUAUGUCCCUGUUGGAGAACUGCAAAACUUCUUGAAAACUCACAAAAACAACAUGAAAAAGAAAGCAAAAUUUAUUUUUGAGGGCAACAAAGAAAGUGACACAGAUCUCAAGACUGUUUACACAGAACUGUUUAUCACAGAGGGAGAUAUGAAAGAUGUCAAUCAUGAACAUGAGAUUCUGAAGAUUGAUGAUGUUUUCAGGAACAAAAAAACACAUGUCAAACCAAUCAAAUGCAAUGAUAUAUUUACUGAACUGAGAAAAAACAAUGAGGAGAAGAUUGUGCUGACCAAGGGAGUUGCUGGCAUCGGAAAAACUGUCUCUGUGCAUAAGUUCAUCCUGGACUGGGCAGAAGGAAACACCAAUCAGGAUAUAGAGUGUGUGUUCCUGCUUCCAUUCAGAGACAUCAACGUGAUUAAAGAUAAAGAGAUCAGUCUCCAUGAGUUUCUGCUGAAAUUUUAUCCUGAACUGAAGGACCUGGAGAAAUCUAAGUUAUAUAAGGAAUGUAAGCUAGCAUUUAUAUUUGAUGGACUUGAUGAGAGUCACCUGCCAUUGAACUUUAAAAGCGAAACACUGGACACUGUUGAGGAAAGAGCAUCUGUAGAUGUGCUGUUUACAAGUCUGGUAAAAGGGAAGCCCCUUCAAUCAGCUUUUGUCUGGGUGACAUCACGACCAGCAGCAGCCAAUCAGAUCCCUCCUCGGUAUGUGGGUUUGUUCACAGAGGUGCGAGGAUUCACUGACCAACAGAAGGAGCAGUACUUCAGAAAGAGAAUCACAGAUGAGAUUCAAGCCUCCAGAAUCAUGUCACACAUUAAGACGUCUCGUAGUCUCUACAUCAUGUGUCACAUUCCUGUGUUCUGCUGGAUCACAGCCACAGUACUUCAGGAUACUCUCAUCAUGAACAAUACAGAGAACAUCAGCACAACACUCACUGAAAUAUACAUUCACUUCCUGCGGAUACAGAUGAACAUGAAGAGUCAGAAGUAUGACGAACAAGAAGAAAAUGAAUGUAAAGAGCACUUAAAAUUAAAUAGAAAGAUGAUUUUGAAGUUAGCUAAGCUAGCAUUUGAACAGCUGAAGAAGGAAAACAUUGUAUUCUAUGAGAAAGAUCUGAAAGAAUGUGGUAUUAAUGUGAGUAAAGACACUGAGUUCACAGGAAUGAUCGCUGAGAUCUUUAAGAAGGAAGAUGGACUUUAUAAGACAACAGUCUUCUGCUUUGUGCAUCUGAGUGUUCAAGAGUUCCUCGCUGCAGUGCAUGUGUUCCUCUGUUACCUAAAUAAGAACAUGCGAGAGCUUUGGUUUUUCUUUGAAGAUUCACAAACUACAGCCAUGCAAAAGCUUCAGUUCUUCUUUAGAAAUCUCAAAUUUCAUGACUUAACAAAGAGGGCCACUGACAAAGCAAUGCAGAGUAAGAGAGGACAUCUGGACCUGUUCCUGCGGUUUCUGAUGGGCAUUUCACUGGAAUCGAGUCAGAACCUGCUCAAAGGUCUGAUCACACACACUAAAGAUACCACAGAGAGCAUCACACAAACAACUGAAUACAUUAAAAAUUUACAAAAACAGGACAUCUCAGAUGAAACUUCAGUCAACCUAUUUUACUGCUUACUUGAGCUGAAAAAUAAUUCAUUAUAUGAGGAAAUCCAGAGUUACCUCAGUUCAGAUGAACAUCCUGGAAGAGACCUCUCAUCUUCAAUGUGCACAGUGUUGACCUACAUACUGCUGAUGUCUGAGAAGGAGCUGGAUGAGUUCAACCCAAAGAGGUUCACGUCAAAACAAGCAGACUACAAGAGACUCAUUCCAGCUGUGAGAUGCUGCAGAAAAGCCCUUUUUGACAGCUGUCGUCUUGAUGAAACAUGCUGUGAAACUGUGUCUUCUGCUCUACAAUCUCCAAACUGUCAUCUGACAGAGCUGGACCUGAGUAACAAUCACCUGCAGGAUUCAGGAGUGAGGCUGCUCUCUGAUGGACUGAAGAGUUCACAUUGUCAACUGAACAUACUGAGAUUAUGUGGGUGUAAUCUCACUGCUCGGUCCUGUGAGAGUUUGUCUUCAGCUUUACAAUCCUCAAAUUCCCAUCUAAAUGUGCUGGACCUGAGUAACAAUGACCUGCAGGAUUCAGGAGUGAGGCUACUUUCUGAAGGACUGAAGAGUCCAAACUCUAAGCUGGAGAUAUUGAGAUUUUCCAUCUGUAAUCUCACUGCUGAGUCUUGUGAGAGUUUGUCAUCAGUAUUACAAUCAUCAAAAUCUGUUCUGAAAGAGCUGGACCUGAGUAACAAUGACCUACAGGAUUCAGGAGUGAAGCUGCUUUCUGAUGGACUGAAGAGUCCAAACUGUCAGCUGGAGAUACUGAAGUUGUCUGGCUGUAUGGUGACAGAGGAGGGAUGUUGUUAUGUGUCUUCAGCUCUGACUUUACACCCCUCAUGCUUGAGAGAGCUGGAUCUAAGCUAUAAUCACCUGGGAGAUUCAGGAGUCAAGCUGCUCUCUGAGAAACUGAAGGAUCCAAACUGCUCACUGGACAAAUUCAAUGUGGAUCAUGGAGGAGAAUCCAGGAUUACAGCAGGACUACAGAAAUGGAUCUGUUUUCUCACACUGGAUCCAAACACAGCAAACACUGAUCUCAUUCUGUCUGAGGAGAACAGAAACGUGAAAAGUGUGAGAGAGAAACAGCCAUAUCCUGAUCAUCCAGACAGAUUUGAUGAGUAUCCUCAGGUGUUGUGUAGAGAGAGUGUGUGUGGACGCUGUUAUUGGGAGAUUGAGUGGAGUGGACAUGUGUUUAUAUCAGUGUCAUAUAAGACAAUCAGUAGGAAGGGAUGGGGUAAUGAGUGUUGGUUUGGAUAUAAUAAUCAGUCCUGGAGUUUGUUCUGCUCUCCUGAUAGUUACUCAUUCAGACACAAUAACAUAGAUACGGAUCUCCCUAUGAAGUCCAUCAUCAGGAGAAUAGGAGUGUAUGAUAAUGAUUAUAUCAGUAGAAUAGGAGUGUUUGUGGAUCACAGUGCAGGAACUCUGUCCUUCUACAGCGUCUCCAGAAACACAAUGAGCCUCAUCCACACAGUCCAGACCACAUUCACUCAGCCGCUCUAUCCUGGGUUUUAUGUUUAUUAUGGAUCAUCAGUGAAACUUUUCAUGAAUCCGAAGAGACAAGAGAUUCUACCCAUAAUGCUUUGAGCUGCAUGAUAAAUCAGUAACAGUGAGAUGUUAUAGAGUCUCUUCGUGACAUUAAUACUGCAGCUGAACUUCUGUCACUGAAAUAACAGUCAGAAUAAAUGUGUCACAAAUCCUCAUCUAGACAGUAAGAUCUGUCUGUGUUUUUGUGUGUGUAUGUGAGAGAGAGAGAGUGAGUGUGUGUCUUGUGUUUGUU